UUUCUCGACGUAUUUAAGUCUUUCCCGCCACGGGCUCGCCGCGACGCCUGUGGCCGCAGCGUAAACUAAAAUACAUAACAUUCUUGAAGGAGUUUAAAUGUUUUUCGACCCGGCAAGACUCCGGAAUUCAGCAAAUCAUCGUCAUUUGUGAGUGCAGUGAAAUGUGAUCAAAAUAGUUCAUGGGAUCCGGACAAUGAAUAAACUUUACUCGGAGUUAUUGCUAUUUUUCACACAACAACAGUGACACGUGCAGUCUAACCUAUCAAAGUCACGCUGUAAACAUGUUGACGGAUUAUUUUUUAAAGUACCACGCUGAUGAUUUGAUGACGAUACUUGAGGCACCGGACAAUUCGAUGCAUUAUCCAAUCUACGUUAAUUUCGUCACAUUAUUUGGGGCUGAACCGGAAGCAGCCAACAACAUCCUUCGGAAGCCAAGGCUGCACUUGCCCCUCUGCGACGCAUCAGCCAUAAAAUCGCAAAAAAUACUAGCUCAAUCCCAUCACAAGAUAAAGCAAAGAAUUCACACGAGAAUCACAUCAAUUCCCCAUCGAGCAAAUCACGAGAAUAUCGGUGAAUUAGUAACCACCACUGGCAUUGCAGUCAGAAUAUCCCAACCCAGUGUUUUAAAACUGGUAAAGCGAUGGUACUGCAAAAAGUGCGAGCACAUCACAGCUGUCAAUUUGUCUUGGGAAUUGCAAACAUUAAAAGAGCCCAAACAAUGCGAACAAUGUUUCGCAAAGAGCCUCAGAGUUGAGAAUAAUGUUGAUGCGGAUGAUUGCGUCGAUUACCAAGAGGUGAAAAUUCAGGAGAAGGUGCAGACCGACAGCAGUAGCACAUACAAUGAGGGAAUGCAGGUGAUCCUGAUGAGUGAUUUGGUGGAUCAAUGCGCCCCAGGGAAUGAUGUAGAAAUAAGUGGAGUCGUUAUUGAACGUUGGACGCAAAUAGCUGAGGGCAAAAGACCCGAGGCAACUACGGUAAUGCUUGCCAACAGUUUAUCAAUAUUACGAAAAGUUUUGGAUUCAAAUUAUUCCGAGAUUGAAAUAACGGAAAUAUUCAGAAAUUACUGGGCAGGAUAUGGGGAUAAUCCACUGGAAGGGAGGAAUAAUAUUCUAGCCUCUAUUUGUCCCCAGCUCUUCGGUAUGUACUUCGUAAAACUAGCGCUUGCUGUGGUUCUUGCGGGUGGAGUUUCCAAGCUCAAUCAAACUGGCGUUAGAGUUCGAGGAGAGCCACAUUUAUUGAUGAUAGGUGACCCUGGAACUGGUAAAUCUCAGAUUCUUAGAACUGCUGCUAGAUUAGCUGUGCGAUCAGUGCUCACUACCGGUGUGGGAACUACUGCUGCAGGAUUGACAGCAGCUGCAGUCAAGGACACAGAUGGCUGGCAUCUGGAAGGUGGUGCCCUAGUCCUGGCUGAUGGGGGAGUUUGCUGUGUCGACGAAUUCACAACAAUGAAUUCUAACGACCGUGCAUCCCUCCACGAAGCUAUGGAACAACAGACGAUAUCAAUAGCCAAAGCUGGUCUAGUGAGUACUCUGAAUUCACGAUGUUCAGUCAUAGCUGCCAUAAAUCCAGUUGGUGGUAAAUUCGUGGAGGGAGCUGAGAUGAAGACAAAGCUUGGUAAUCCACUUCUAUCAAGAUUCGAUUUGAUUCUGCAACUCAAGGACAAUAAAAACCUUGAUUGGGACCGUAUGACUGCUGAGCAUUUACUGAGAGCUGCUUGCGACGAUCCUUGCGAUCAGGAUACAAGAACUGUAAAGAAGCCCAUGGAACUUCUGAAAUCGGAGAAUCUGUGGGACGAAGAGAGUCUCCGCGAGUACUUCGCCCACAUUCACACCCUGGAGCCUACACUAACCGAAGAAGCCGACAUAAUCCUGCGAGCAACUUUCCUCCACCAUCGAAAGAAUCCAAACCGGAGGGAGGAGAGAACGACAGUGCGUCUCCUGGAGAGUCUCAUCAGAUUGGCGGAGGGCCAUGCAAGAUUAAUGUACAAGAAGGAAGUCGAUAUUAUGGACGCAAUAGUUGCAGCUCAACUUGUUGGUACAAUAGCCACGUACAAUGACGCUGGCUGUCCAUUCCCCAAGGAUCCAAUGGCGGUAUUUAAUCAAGAAAGUUAGAACUUUUAUAUUUUUUUCACUGAUCAACUCACAUGCUCGGUCAAUUUAUUUCUUUACUCUCUUUUUUUGUCCAGCAACGGAACUACUCGAAUUACUCGGCUUAGAGCACCUGCUGGACUCCUCAUCGGACAAUCAAUAGUAAUUAAUAUUCACUCGCAUAAAGAAUACAUCUCAAUAUCAACAACAGGCCCUCCAUUAUCAUUCCAUUCACCCCUUGACACGAAUUUUCAAUUUUUUUAAACCCUCAAAUAUCCUCUCUUCCAUUAAAAUAUUAAUUAAAAUGAUUUAUUCAUCUAAUGUAACGAAAAGUCCCAUAGGCCUAACGAACUAAACAUAAAUUCUCACAGUUUUAAUAACGACAUCCUUGUAAAAAUUAACCUGUUUAUUGUUGGUGUACUAUAAUCAAACAUUUUAUGAGUACGAAUUCAUGUGGGACUCCCUGACUCCGUAUCCUCUCACAUUUCCCUAGAGACUAUAUAAAAAUAACGAUACAUACUCGUGUCCAAAUAACCGGUCUAUCAUCAUCUGGUCCUUCUAAUAAUUUUCAUUUUUUUUGAUAUACUGUCAAACAAUUUAUUUUUCCAAUGACGAAGACAGUAGAAAGUAAAACAAACGCAGUCGUUUAUUCCUCGAAUAA